AUGCUGCAAGCUGGUAAAAUAGAAGAAAUGGUUAAAGAAAUUGAAAAAUACAAGGUACAUUUGAUAACUCUACAAGACAUCAGGUGGAAGGAUAACGAAAAAAUAAGCAAGUCAGACAAAAUGUGUUCACUACUAAAAGAAAAAUUUUCAAAUAUUUCCUUGGUAUCAGCAUAUACUCUCACAGAGGACAGCAGUGAAAACGUAAAGGAUGUCUUCUAUGAACAACUGUCUGAAGUAUGUGAGGGAAUAAAAAACUAUGAUACUCUCAUUCUGUUGGAAGAUUUUAAUGCAAAAAUUGGGAGACAACACAUUGAAAACAUUACAUUGAAAAACAACACAUUAAAAACAUCGCAGUGA